ACAUCUCGCUCAGUUAAUAUGUACACCAUCGCCGUGAUAGGAGGUGGGGUGAUCGGCCUCCCGGCCGCCCUGGCCAUUCAGAAAGAAUUCGGAUCGAAAGCAAAAGUCAUCAUUUUCGCCGAUAAAUUAAGCCCUCACACAACAGGCGACGUCGCCGCAGGAUUAUGGACACCCUACAUCCUGCAAAACACGCCGCAGGAGAAAGUCCUGCAAUGGGCGAAGGCCACGCAGGAUUACAUUCUGGAACUGUGGAAGCGGGGUGAGGCCAAGGACGCCGGGAUAUCGCUCCAAGUCAUGGUGAAUCUGUCCGACCAAAAAGAGUUCAAAAUUCCCGAGUGGGCGAAAAUCACGUUGGGGUACAGCGAGAUACCGGCCGAGGAGGUGAAAAGUUACAACGACAAGUAUGCGAAGAGGUUCACUGGAGGGUUCACCUUUGUGUCUUUCAUUUGGGAGGCGUCCAAGUUUCUACCGUAUUUGCAAAAAAAGUUUGUGGAGAAUGGAGGCGAAGUGAGGGUUAAAAAUGUGCAAAACUUUGAGGAAGUGGCUCAGUUUGACGUGAUUGUGAAUUGUACCGGUUUGAAUUCGAGAUUUUUGGUACCGGAUUUGUUGGUACGACCCGUGCGGGGGCAAAUCGCGAGGGUUCACGCUCCUUGGCAGUUCCAUUGUUUCAUGACGGACGAAGAGCACGGUCACUAUAUCAUCCCUAAUCAGGAGUGCGUGAUUUUGGGUGGUACCCACCAAGAAGGUGAUUUCAGUACCGCUAUAUCCGAACAAGACAAAAAAUUUAUUUUUGAUGGGUGUGUUAAGUACAUUCCGGCUCUGAAACACGCCCCAGUUUUGAAACACCAAGCUGGUUUGAGACCUGGUCGUGACCAAGUUCGUCUGGAGUUGGAAAGGAGGAAUAUCGGAGGGAAAGAAGUCAAAAUUGUCCAUAACUAUGGACAUGGGGGGAGCGGCGUGACGUUAUCCAUCGGGUGUGCGGAAGAAGCUGCCCAGUUGGUUAAAGAAGCUCUGAAAUUUUUUGUGCCCAGUAAGCUCUAACUUGUAAAUUAUGUUGAAUAAAAAAAUGUUCUUGGG